AUGUCGAGCCCACUUGGAGUCUUCGGAGCCCUCCCAACUGACUUGCUCACCUCUCUCUGCCGUCAUCUUCCGAUGAGUGACGUCGUCAGUCUUUCUCAAUUGGACAAUGAAAUGGAGAAGCAUGUGAAGAGAUUCAUCUACAGAGAGAUUAAAGCUCUUCGAGUCGAAAUCAAUGAAAAUGAAUCUACAAUCCACUUCACAUUCAAAGACAAACGGAUCACUCAACUGAGCAUGAGAGGAUUCAUUUGGGGAGAAGUGAUUGAAUCAGCAAAAUGUGUUGAAUCCCUUGAGAUGAUAAUUAGCAAGGGAGUGUCAACAUCUGAUCUUUUCAAUGCACUCAAGAGAGCCAAAUUCUCUCUCCGAUCAAUCAAAAUCAGAAUUCCAAAAGGAGGAGACAAACUCCCAGAAAAAACUCGCGAUCUGUACUCGAGAAGCCUUGCUUUGGUGCAGAAGCAUAGUGCAAGUCUUCGUUACUUGGAAAUCACUGGAUCAGAUGGUCAACAUGUGUUUUUGACAAUGAAUAAGGCAGGAUCAUCUUCUCAGAUGACAUAUAAUCAGGCAGAAAGACCACUGCCAAGUGAAGCAAUCGAACACGAUAAGAACCACACAUUCGCCUACUCAGUCUUCCACGCUUUUCUAAAUGCUCAUUCAAUCAAAGACAUGACGCUUGAAAUCGGAAGCAAAUUCGAUGCUCAUCUUGCUCUCCAAAAGGCUUUCCAACUCGCCCUUCCAUACUCCAGAAGAGCUAUUCUGGAGAGAUUGACCAUUGAUUUCGGAAGCUCGCUGAAGGAUAUCAAGGAGCAGGAAAUGAAGGAAAUCCUUCUUCGCCACGUGAAUGCUGAUCAUGUAACAAUCCCAAAUCUCCAACACUUCCACUGCUAUCUUCCACACGACGAGAUCGAACUCUCGCAAGAUUUCCUCACCUCAUUGGAUGAACCAAUUAAGAAAAAUAGGAAGUGCCCAACCAGUCAGCCAUAUAAAUCCACCAUCUCUCCUCGUGCUGUCAGAUGUCAAUAA